CCGUCGAUAGGUGAUUCUACUGUCAUCACUAUUUUAGCACACACCGCGUAAAAGCGACGCCGAUUUCAAUUUUCAACGAAUUACAAGAAGUGUGAUUAGAAUACAGGAUACGAUGGCUGACGUGGACGAUUUUGAUUCUCUGUCCAAUGCCGAGCUGCGCGCCAAGAUGCUGGCCCAGGGUCUGCCCAACAUCCCCGUGACGGACAGCAGCCGCAAGGUGCUAGUAAAGCGUCUGCGCGCCUCCAUUGGCGGCCAGGCGUCUCCAGCCGCCAGUCCCAAGAAGAGCAACAGGCGGGAGACCCUGGCUCCCGCAGCUACGGGUCCAUCUGCUCCGGCGGCAGCCUCCACGCCGGUGGACAAACUGGACGGCAAGGUGGCGCCCGCCACAAAGGCUCGCCGGACAAUUACUGCUGCAGAGGUCAAGGAACCAGCGCGUCAACGUCUCGAGGAUGUCGAGCGCCGUCGUCCUGUGGAGGAGCCUGUGGCCGCCAGAAAGCCAACAACUGCUGCUCCUCAACCAAUACAGACCCGGCGCACUUCCACCACUUCAUCGGCGCCUGAAAGAAAAGUAGUGGAGCCCUUGAGAAAGCCACAAACGAUUGUCGAGGAACCGGCUUCGUCGAAGCGCGUUGAUCGGGAGGAGAAAUACCUUAAGAUCAACUCCCUAAUUGUCCUGGAGUCUGAUGAGGAAGAGGACGAGCAGCUAGUCCAAGCUGCCGAUCUGGUGGAGCAAGAGCACGCGGCCAGGCAGAAGCCCACUAAGCUCGCAAGCAGUGGAACUACUACUUACGAGUUCAAAAGCAAGCUUGUGGAACCUCCACGCCGACAGGUCUAUGAAGCCACAGCAGCUCCUGUGCUGCCUCCAUCUGUGCCAUCUGCCAGAGCGCAGGCCACCAGUUCCAGUAGGUCCUAUGAUUAUGCGAGCAACCCAGCACCCGGUCGCUAUAGCAGUUUUGUGCGCACUGCAUCGCAAGGCUAUGUGACUGCCGAGGCUCCACCGGUGGCCUCCUACUCAUCCAGCUAUAAGCGUACCUAUGCCAACGAGUUGAGCGACGACAAUGAGGCGGAGGAAGACCAGUACGAAAGCACCUUUGCCAGGAAUCUAGCUCGUUUGAGAGCCGAACGUAUUGGAGAUCGUAGCAGCCCGUAUUCCAGACGCACUCUUGCCAGUGGAAACGUAGGUAGCGGCUCUCUGGGCUAUGAGCCUCUGGCCAGACGCUCUUUGCGUCCAGAUGACAACAGCGUAUCCGUUGCGUUUAAUCGUUGGUGGAACAGCCUGGAGCAGAAGUACCACAUCAAGUCGAAGGUGUUCAUACUACUCGUCGUCCUUGUGUUAAUCGGCGUUUAUUGGAUCUUUUACUGACCAGCAUCAUUGUUCUUAUUUCGAAUUUGUAACCUAGUUUGUAUACCAUGUUGGAUUUGUUUUGUAAACAAGCCCGCCACUGCGGUCUUUGUAUGAAUCUUGUUUCUUGAUGUAACUUGAGCUUGAGAUUGACUAGCAUUUAAGCUGCGUGUUAUCCGUGUUCAAAUAAAGCCCACUUGCAGGGAAUCGCCACAGUUGAA